AUGUUUCGACUCUUUGUACGAUGGCGACUCAUCUACAUGGCGGCAGUAGCACUCAUCACGAUCGCAUUACCACAUGAUGGUGUUCAAGCACAGGAUAUAGGCGCUCUGGUGACACCAAGUCCAGAAGUGACGCCCGCAGCAAUUGUUACGGAUACCCCGGCACCAACGUCUCUUGCAACUGCCGUAGUCCCUCCUGAAGCGACCGCAGCGAUCACGGAACCGGUGACUGAAGCUGUGACCGUAAAUUUAACACCAGAGACAGUAGAAGCUACUAUAACCCCCGUCGUGACGGAAGCUGCCACCGUGAUCACACCAGCAUCGACACCGGUCGCUAUCGAUACAUUCCCACCAGUUGCUUCCAACGCAGCGCCAGUGAGCACAGAUACGUCGACUGACUCGCCACCUCCAGCAGCUCCAUCCGUCGCUUCGGUGACAUCUGAAUCCAGUACGACGAUACCGUCGGAAGCAGCGUCCAACGAUGUUGGUAGCAGCAUGCAAGGCAGCGAAAGUGAGGAAAGUGCAAGUUCAUCUUCCUCAUCUUCCUCAUCAAGUAGCGCUUCCGAAUAUGUUACCGAAACCGUGACUGAGUUCUUCACCACCACGACCAUCGUGCUCUUCAUGCUUGGUGGAAUAGGUCUUACUAUUGUAAUGAGUCUCCUCUACGUCCUAUGGAGAAACCAAAGACGUGAAGAUCCUGGCUUGGAAACACCAGUCUCUGAGGACUCAACGACAACCACUUUUCCGGCGGUCUCAAUGCCCUCGAUCAUCGCACCUACUGCUCGAGAUUUGUCUGUCUGGAAAGCGGGUGAGUCCAAGUUCACGUCACAAGAUCUACCGCUGACUGCAAACGUACACGCCAAGCUGAACGCUGUCUCGCGUUCAUCCAUUGAAUACGACAUGGCUAGCCGAUACUCAAACGUUGCUAUUCUGCGUGUGCACGAAUCACUGGCACAAGACCCCGAAGCAUCUCGAGAGACAAAUGUGUUUUCAAAACAAAGCUUCGGCAUCAGCGAGUACUCUGAAUUUUCAAUUCAUGACGCUACUGACUUGGAAACUGAAACUCCUGCCAUGACAAACAACAGAGACUCAGCAAGCGACGGAUACUCUGCAGGCGAUAGGUAUUCAAUGUACGGCAAAUAUUCAGCCUCGUCACGGCUCUCGAGCGACCCUGGACGGAGAAGCUCCAGCUGGUCCCAACUCCAGGUACCCAAGAAUCUCGAUAUGUACCGCUACUCGUCGACGUCGUCUACAAAUUCAUCUAUUGUAGUAAGAAACCACAAUCCAGCAUCGUCGGUUAACCCAGAUCAACCGUCAAGUACGGACACCCCCGGGACUGUAGACAACACUACGUCGCGCACUGAUGUUAUAAACUGGUACAGCGUCAUUGAGUCCCCCACGGACAUUGGCAGAUAUACGACUCUAUCAUUUAGUAGCGAUACGACCAGCAUCGGACGAGAAUCAUUUGAAUUGUAG